UGGAAGCUCUCUUUGAAGGGGAGAACCUGCCUAAGUUCAAGACCUGUGAGUUUGUGAGCAACGAUAACUGGUUCAUCACCUUCAAAUCAGAAGCCGAUGCAGAACAGACCUACAAGUACCUUAGAGAACAGGUUCGAGUGUUUAAGGGAAAACCCAUCAUGGUGAGGAUAAAGGCCGAAACAACAGCAGCCAUUGCUUUGGCUCCCGCUCAAAGCUACCGACACCCCCAGCCGGACCAGUGCAACAACUAUUAUGGCUUCUACCCCCCCGCUACCACCUACCAGCAGUCCUGCCCGACCCACGCGUCCACACAACAGCUAAACGAAGUCCUCGGUGAGGUGUGGACUGCUGCAUCUGGAUACCAAGACUGGGCUGAACCUCCUCUACUGAUGAACCACUUCGUGGAUGACUUCACAGCAGCUUCUGCUUUCAAACCGUACCACCCACACAGCCACAGGAGAGGCUCGAGUUGGUCACACUGUGACCGUUGGCAGUCCCAGCAGCCUGCCUCCUCGCACUCAUCUGAGCAGCCAUCUGAUUGUUUCUCUUCUCCCACAUGGCCCGGUCAAGGACGGUCGCGCGGAAAGGUGCGCCUUCCCAGUAGGGGCGGAAGAAAGGAGCCCAACAAGCAGGUCACGUCUCCCACUGAGCAGGGAAGGAGAGGAAACUUCAACCAGAGGAGGAGAGCGACCGCAAGGUCCUGGGAGCGACCCGCUCGAAGCAGUCAGAAUUCACAGAGUCAGUCCCCUCCUCGUCAGCCGUCUCCCCAUUUUGAGCUCACAAUGUUGAACUUCCCUCUUCUUCCUCCUCCAGCCUCUACCAUGAGUGAAUUAAAAAGCAGCAGCUCCUGCGCCUCAGAGGCAGCAGCUUCACAGCAGCCUGAGCUGGUCUCAGAGCAGGCUGCGGAUGAAGCCUCAGAGAUGACCACUGAAGAGAAACCAGUUCAGCACACACAGGAACCAGUAACUGAGUCCAGGAAACUGACCUAAGCCGAGGUCUGCCAGAGAGGCUUAUGCAGUAAGUCUGGUCCUACCUUCACAGAACUGGGGUGAUGCAACAGAGCCAGCACGGUGGAAACGCUGAUGAAAUGAGAUGAAGAAAAGACACUUUUUUUGUUGUUUAGGUGUUAUGAGUGUCUAAAAGAUCAAAUUUAAUUGCUGCCUUCAGGCUGCAUAUUUACUAUAAAGAAUGAUCUCUUAUACUACACUGAGUAUUACACAUUGAACCUUUAAAUCACCUUAAUCCAGGUCUGGAUGUUUGGGGUGGGCAGAGGGCUCCGACUAUUUGGCAAAACCAACUUUUCCGUUUUUUAGACAGGAAGAUCUGUAAAGUUUGAUCUGCUACUUUAAUUUCUGUUUUAUUUCUUGAUUUGUAGUUUAGGUCUGUUUGUUGAGAGUGAGCUUCCAUUUUUUUUGAUUUCUUCUUGCUUUCCUGAUGCAUCGCCAGUUAUUUUCGUCCUGUUUGUGUGUGUUACAUGUUUUCUUAGUUGUACAGGACGUUCCGCCAUGAUUGUGAACUUAUUUUAGUGCUGUUGUUGUAUUUCUCCACCCAUACAUCUGUGUUAUCUGUGACUGCUGUGGACACACAAUGAAGCUUUUUCCAUUAAUAUUAUUGCUGAUCAGCUGUAUUAUUUCCAUUUUUAGAUACCAGAGAGCUGCAGGGGCCAGUGUGUUUAAUGAGAUCUGAUUUGAUCUUUCUAGUUCUGGGAUUAAAUUGAUCAAAAGCAUGUUUCCCUUACUUUAGAAAAGUUUUAUUUAUUUUAAACAGGAGUGCAUUUCAGUGUCACACGGUCUAAUAUUUUGGACACAGUUCGGCUUCCAUAAAGGGAAACACCCUUUUGGCUGGGUGGGUACUUACUGUGUGUCUAUAAACAACAUUGUUUCAGCACUUGAACUGUAUGUGAGAACUUGAAUUUGAUUGUAAUGAAGCCAUUUGUCUUUUCUUUGAAAUAUAAAGUUUUAAAUGUUAAACAGGUGUCAUGGAGACAGAGUGGGCACGGUUGUGGAAAGUUACUUUGUACAGACUGUACAUAUUGAACAACUAUUAAAGAAGUGCCUUUGAAGUUAAA